CAUCGGUCUGCACAAAAUACUUAUAUUCUUCCAGCAUUGGCUUCCUUUUUUCAUACUUGUAAUUGGAAUGCAGGUCAAGUUAACGGUAAAAUUAAUCAACGGGGAGGAAAGAGAAUACGAGUUCAAGUUACUGCCACUUCAUGA